AUGCAGGCCGAGAUCCGGAUGUUCCUGCUCGUGCCCCUGCUGCUGGCCCCGGCCCCUGGGUCCUCGGCUCCCAAGGUGAGGCGGCAGAGUGACCUCUGGGGCCCCUGGGGCCCCUGGGGCCCCUGCAGCCGGACCUGCGGAGGGGGCAUCAGCUUCCGGGAGCGCCCCUGCUACUCCCAGAGGACAGACGGAGGCUCCAGCUGCGUGGGCCCUGUCCGGAGCCACCGUUCUUGCCACACUGAGAGCUGCCCCACCGGUGCCAGGGACUUCCGGGCCGAGCAGUGUGCCCAGUUCGACGGCCAGGACUUCCAGGGAAAGCGUUACAAAUGGCUGCCCUACUAUGGGGCCCCGAACAAGUGUGAACUGAACUGCAUUCCCAAGGGGGAGAACUUCUACUACAAGCACAGGGAGGCUGUCGUGGACGGGACGCCCUGCGAGCCUGGCAAACGGGACGUGUGUGUGGAGGGCAGCUGCCGGGUGAGUUGCGCCCCUGCCCACCUCCCACCUGCUCCCCCUGCCCAGCCCUGCCUGUCCCUGACCCCGUCUGUGCUGCCGGGGCGUGGGUGGGCCCAGAGUAUCCUUGCCCCUGCAGGCUACAACCAGAUCCUCAUAAUUCCCUCGGGGGCUACCAGCAUCCGGGUGGAGGAGGCGGCCGCCAGCAGGAAUUUCCUGGCGGUGAAGAGCAUCCGUGGAGAAUACUACCUCAACGGGCACUGGACCAUCGGGGGUGCCUGGGCCCUGCCUGUGGCCAGCACUGUCCUGCACUACGAGCGAGGGGCCGAGGGGGACCUGGCGCCUGAGCGGCUCCUGGCUCGUGGCCCCACCUCAGAGCCCCUAGUCAUUGAGCUCCUCAGCCAGGAGCCCAACCCAGGCGUGAGCUACGAGUACCACCUGCCCCUGGGCAGCCCCCAGCCCGGCUUCCACUGGAGCCACGGCUCGUGGAGUGACUGCAGCACCGAGUGCGGUGGAGGUCACCAGUCCCGCCCAGUGUUCUGCACCACUGACAACGAGGUCUACCCUGACCACAUGUGCCAGCCCCAGCUGCGGCCGACUGACCACCGCCCCUGCAGCACUCACCCCUGUCCGCAGACCAAGCGGACCUCUUACCUGCACCAGCCCAGAGCGUGGCACCUUGCUGGGGCCCAGCGUGCCUGCAGGAACAGCUGGAAGACGGGGCCCUGGUCACCCUGCUCAGCCUCCUGUGGCGGCGGCUCCCAGUCCCGCUCUGUCUACUGCGUCUUGUCCGAUGAGGCUGGCGUCCAGGAGGCCACUGAGGAGGCCGGGUGUGCAGGCCUGCCCGGGAAGCCCCCCACCAUGCGGCCUUGCAACCUGCAGCGCUGUGCAUCCUGGAGCGCGGAGCCCUGGGGAGAGUGUUCUGUCAGCUGUGGUGCCGGGAUCCGGAAGCGGAGUGUCACUUGCCGGGGCGACGAGGGGUCUCUGCUCCAGGCGACAGCGUGCUCCUUGGAGGACCGCCCCCCCGUCUCUGAGCCCUGCGCGCAUGAAGACUGUCCCCCCGUCAGCGACCAGGCCUGGCAUGUGGGCGCCUGGGGUCUAUGCUCCAAGAGCUGCAGCUCGGGCACUCGGCGUCGCCAGGUCGUCUGUGCCCUCGGGCCGCCCAGCCGCUGUGGGAGCCUGGCGCAGUCCAAGCCUGGGGAGGUGGAGCCCUGUAACACACAGCCCUGCCACCUUCCUCCAGGCGUCCCCAGCAUGCAGGACAUGCACAGCAGCCCCAGGGAUCCUCGCAUAUCUCUGGGGCCUCAGGCGGCCCCCACCUCAGAUUCCAGAGGCCAGUGGUGGGCCCGUCAAGAGCAGCCCUCGGCCCAAGGAAACCCCACAGGAGCCCAGGGCCUCCACCUGCCAGCCCCAGCCCCCUCUUUUCAGCAAUCCCCACACAGACAGUCUGGCUUGGCACCCCACGACUGCAGACUCAGCCCCUAUGGGUGCUGUCCUGAUGGCCACACUGUAUCUCUUGGGCCACAGUGGCAGGGCUGUCCUGGGGCCUCAUGUCAGCAGAGCAGGUACGGGUGCUGCCCUGAUGGGGUGUCUGUGGCUGAGGGGCCCCAUCAAGCUGGCUGUGCAGCAUCUUACAGCAGUGAUAAGACCGGGAGAAGGCCGGUGUCGAGAGCAGUGGCUUCCACAGCUCCCAAGGCCCACCAGCCCCAGGCUCAGCAGAAGGAGCCCAGUGAGUGCCAGGGCUCCCGGUUUGGCUGUUGCUAUGAUAAUGUGGCCUCUGCUGCUGGUCCUCUUGGGGAAGGCUGUGUGGGCCAGCCCGGCUAUGCCUACCCUGUGCGGUGCCUGCUGCCCAGUGCCCAUGGCUCCUGCACGGACUGGGCCGCCCGCUGGUACUUCGUCCCCUCUGUGGGCCAGUGUAACCGCUUCUGGUAUGGCGGGUGCCAUGGCAACGGCAAUAACUUUGCCUCCGAAGAGGAGUGCGUGAGCAGCUGCCGGGGACGUCAACAGGAGCCCCCCGGACCUGAGCCUGGGGCCUCUGGCCAGAGCACCCAUAGAGACGGUGGUGGCAGCGGUCCUGGAGGCCAGCAAGAGGCCGGCGGGCACAGGACGGGGGCCACAGUCCAGACGAGGCCCUUGCCUUCUGGUGGCCUCUGGUGGCGAGACCGAGAGCCUGGGCCUGGAGAGGAGGGCCACGCCCAGGCCUUUGGAGAGAGGCCCCUGGGCCAGGAGCUUGGGCCCAGUGCCCCUGGACUGGGCGGAGAUGCCGGGAGGCCAGCGGCGCCCUCCCACAGCUCUUCCUACAGGAUCAGCUUGGCAGGCUCAGAGCCAGCCCUGGUGCAGGCAGCCCUGGGGCACUUAGUGCGCCUCUUCUGUCAAGACGACACCUCCCCGGAGCCCCAUGCCAGGUGGCAGAAAGAUGGGCGGCCCAUCUCCUCUGACAGGCACAAGCUGCAGCCCGAUGGCUCCCUGGUCAUCAGUCCCCUGCGGGCAGAGGACACUGGCACCUACAGCUGUGGCAGCAGCAGGCCAGGCCGUGACUCUCAGAAGAUCCAGCUUCGUGUCACAGGGGGUGACGUGGCCGUGCUGUCUGAGGCUGAGCCAAGGCACUUCCCUCAGACCAGGGACCCAGCCCAGGGCCACAGUCCUCGGGAGUCCAGCCUAGUGGGGAACGCGGGGGGCCUGGGGGCUGUCUCCUCCUUGCAGAUUCGGCCCACGACCAGGCUGCUUCUGGACAGGAACCAGCCUAGGGUGGUGGACGCCCAUCCAGGUCAGCGGAUCUGGUUGACCUGUCGUGCUGAGGGCUUCCCACCCCCAGCCAUUGAGUGGCAAAGAGAUGGGCAGCCCCUCUCUUCCCCCAGACACCAGCUGCAGCCCGAUGGCUCUCUGGUCAUCAGCCACGUGGCUCUGGAAGAUGGUGGCUUCUAUGCCUGUGUCGCUUUCAACGGGCAGGACCGAGACCAGAGAUGGGUCCAGCUCAGAGUUCUGGGGGAGCUGGCCAUCACAGAGCUGCCCUCUACUAUGCUGGUGCCAGAGGGUGACACGGCCAGGCUGCUAUGCGUGGUGACAGGAGAAAGUGUAAACAUCAGGUGGUCCAGGAAUGGGCUGCCGGUGCGGGCCGACGGGCAUCGAGUCUACCAGUCCCCAGAUGGCACACUGCUGAUCCACAACCUGCAGCCCAGAGACGAGGGCUCCUACACGUGCAGUGCCUACCGUGGAAGCCAGGCAGUCAGCCGCAGCACGGAGGUGAAGGUGGGCCCGCCGGCACUGGCAGCCCAGUCCAGGGACCUCAGCAGGGCGUGUAUGGAUCAGCCUGAGCUGGCCAACUGUGAUUUGAUCCUGCAGGCCCAGCUCUGUGGCAACGAGUAUUACUCCAGCUUCUGCUGUGCUAGCUGUUCCCGCUUCCAGCCUCACGCUCGGCCUGUCUGGCAGCAGGGAUGA